AUGGAAUUAGAAACUAGAUGUGAAGCAGAAUUAGAAGAAGCUGAAGAAAAUUUUAAAAAUGAACAAGAAAUUGUACAACAAAAUUCAAAAAUACGACAGAAUAAUCUUCGUGAUCUUGACCAUCAACAACAUAUCAUAUUACAGCAAGUAACUGUAGAAAAAGAUAAAUUAGAACGUGAAAGACAAAAAUUAAAACUAUUAUUUAAAAAGAAAAAAUUACAUGCUGACGAUAUUGAACAAAAACUUACCAAAUUAAGUGAUGCAUUAACAACAACGACAACAUCGAUAACAGAUGCUAAUCACCAUCGUGUAAAUGAUAAUAAUCAUACUUUAAAGACAAAUGGCAGAGAGGAUGAUCAAGAAGAUCUUAGAAAUACCAAAGGUUCAUCAACAUUAGGAAAUAAUAAUAAAAAAUCUAGUCAUUAUCAAACGUUAUUUAAUGGAAAUGAGGAUUAUGGAACAAAUAAUAAGAAUGAUAUACCUCCUUCGUGGCAUACUAAAUCGCUGAUGAAUGGUAGUACAAAUAACGAUUCAUUAUUUAAUAAAACACAUCCGAAUGAUAUCUAUAAUACAUUGUCGAUGGUUAAUUAUCGAAAUUCUCCAUCAGAAAUGAGAAAUGAUGAAUAUAUCAAUAAAUUGAAUGAACUGAAAGAAAUGAUAUCUGUGGCUAAAUUAGAAAAAAUGACCAUUUUAGAACAACAGUUACGUGAAAGAUAUACGGAACUAGUUCAGUUCCAAGAAGAACAUACUAAACGAUUAGAAUUAGAGAAAAAAUUAGCUGAUGAAAUGAAAAAUAAAGAUUAUCUUGUUGAAUGUCAAGUGAAAUUGCGAGAAAAAAAUCGUGUACAGGAGCGUCCAUUAACUCGCUAUUUGGCAAUUCGUUCAAGUGAUUUUGAUUUACGUCAACAUAAAGGGUGUUUCAUAAGUUUCGACCCCUCUAUGUAA